AUGUGGAGCCGGCUUGUCCUCCAGUUCCCACCGCCCGCAGCCUCUACCGCCCGCAGCCUCCACUACCCGCUGCCUCGCUGGCAGCCCCGCAUCUACGCGGAGCACAGCGCUUUGGGGCGGGGCCGACUCGCAGCACCCGAAACUCGGAAAACAGACACCGAAAGUCUAGAAGUGGUUCAAAGCUUGAUAGCCCCACGGGAAGGUCUCAUUAAAACUAGAAAACUGAAUGAGGCAGAGGCCCAAGUUAAGCGCCGUGAUGUGUACAAGACCGUCGUGACAACGCAGUACGAGGCCAUACAAGCCAUGACCGAACUGGCUGUGGUCAACUGUCAAAUAUACGGGAGAAACGCGCUGAACCUCAAGGGUUUUUUUAUCCUGAACUGUCCAGACUUAACACCUUUGGCUUUGCAGCUGAUAUAUCUUAACUUAUCAUUUAAUGACAUCAGUUCCUUUCCUACAGAGAUAUUCUGUCUGAAGUAUUUACAAAUACUGAUCCUGAGGAACAACCCCAUCAAAGCAAUCCCUUCGGAAAUCCAGCAGCUUCGGUUCCUCAGAGUUCUCAACAUCGCCUUUAAUUUGAUUUUGACUCUUCCGCCUGGGUUAUUUUACUUGCCCUAUCUUGAGGAACUUAAUGUUUCCUACAAUAGUAUUGCUGUUAUUCCGAAUGAAAUCCAGCUACUCAGGUCACUCAGACUGCUGGUGGUCGACGGGAAUGACCUGACGUCUUUUCCGCCUGGGAUUUUGAGGCUGAACCUGAAAAAAAUCCGAUUUGAUAAUAACUUCACUCAUCCUUACCUCUGGAAAGAGAACUCUCUGAACAGUCCACAGCGCCUCACUGAAGCUGCUUCGCUGUUCUUUCUGAAAAAUAAUCUGCACAAAUACUACGAUGCCAUCCCGGCGAAAAUUCAAGUGUUACUGAAGUGCGUGUCCAAGUGCGAGUGGUGCCAAGGCCCCAGGUUCGGGGAAGGGUACCGCGUCAUCCAGUCCUGCAACGUCUUCGGCGCCGCCCGCCUGCCCGUGAUGUUCCGCGUCUGCUCCUCGUCCUGCUACCGGGCAGUGAAUGAGCGGAGUUUGUUCUAG